AGUAAGUCAAUCAAACUUCACUUUGGUUCCCUCUCUCCUUUUUUCUCUCUUCUCCCUCAUUUUCAUACAAGAAGACUUCAUUCUUUUGUUUUCCCUUCGGGAAAAAAUGGAUAACCCAAAUCCCAAUCUAGGGUUAUGGAGAACAAAGUCAGAUCAACUUGCGGAAACUCUAACGGCUACAAUGAAGGCAGGUGAAGCCUCAACUGGCGGAGAUAGUGGCGGCGGUGGUAGUAGUGGUGGGACACUAUCAAGAAAGUCUAGUAGACAAACGGUGCUUGCAUCUCCCGGACGUGGUGGCAAAAACACACACAUUAGAAAGACAAGGAGUGCUCAAAUGAAAUUUGAACUUGAUGAAGUUGGUAGUGGGGCUGCCUUGAGUCGAGCUUCAAGUGCUAGCUUAGGGUUCUCGUUCUCAUUCACUGGGUUCACUAUGCCUCCAGAUGAAACUACAGAUUCAAGACCUUUCAGUGAUGAUGACAUACCGGAAGACAUUGAAGCUGGGACACGUAAGAAGUUUCAGACAGAACCCACUUUGCCAAUAUAUCUAAAGUUUACAGAAGUGACAUACAAGGUAGUAAUAAAAGGAUUAACCUCUACAGUCGAAAAGGAUAUUCUGAAUGGAAUAAGUGGAGCAGUAAAUCCAGGAGAAGUUUUGGCAUUAAUGGGACCUUCCGGAAGUGGGAAAACUACACUUCUAAGUUUGCUCGGAGGGAGGCUUGCUGAUCCUGUCCCGGGAGGAUCAAUCACUUACAAUGAUCAACCUUACUCCAAGUUGCUAAAGAGCAAGAUUGGGUUUGUGACACAAGAUGAUGUCUUGUUUCCUCAUCUAACAGUGAAGGAAACACUAACGUAUGCAGCUUUGCUACGAUUACCAAAGAGAUUAACAAAACAGGAGAAAGAAAAACGCGCACAAGAUGUCAUCCGUGAACUUGGUUUAGAAAGGUGUCAAGACACAAUGAUAGGUGGGUCCUUUGUUCGGGGAGUUUCAGGUGGAGAGAGGAAGCGUGUUUGCAUUGGAAACGAAAUAAUAAUCAAUCCUUCUCUCUUGUUUCUUGAUGAACCAACUUCCGGUUUGGAUUCAACAACAGCUCUCAGGAUCAUUGAAUUGUUACAAGACAUAGCCGAGACAGAGAAGACUGUGGUUACGACAAUUCACCAGCCAUCGAGCCGACUUUUCCACAAAUUUGACAAAUUAAUCCUACUUGGAAAAGGGAGUUUGCUUUACUUUGGGAAAGCAUCAGAAGCCCUGGUGUAUUUUUCAUCUAUCGGAUGUUCUCCAUUAAUCGCAAUGAACCCUGCUGAAUUCUUGCUAGAUCUUGCAAAUGGAAACAUGAAUGAAGUUUCUGUUCCUUCUGAAUUGGAAGACAGAGUCCAAUUAGGAAAUUCAGAGAGAGAAACAAAAAGUGGGAAACACACACCCGCAGUUGUUCAUGAUUAUUUAGUGGAGGCGUAUGAAACAAGAGUAGCUGAAGAAACAAAGAAGCAGCUCAUGAUUCGUGCAUCACCUGAUGAAGAUAUUAAAUCGGGUGUUGGGUCAAUGAAACGCGAAUGGGGAGCAAGUUGGAGGGAACAAUACUCAAUAUUGUUCUGGAGAGGGCUUAAAGAAAGGCAACAUGAUUAUUUUAGUUGGUUGAGAAUCACACAAGUGCUUGUGACAGCUGUCAUUUUGGGACUUUUAUGGUGGCAAUCGGCUGUUCAUAGCCCUAAAGAACUCGAUAAUCAAGCCGGAUUGUUGUUCUUCAUUGCUGUGUUUUGGGCAUUUUUUCCGGUUUUUACAGCGAUUUUCACGUUUCCUCAAGAACGAGCUAUGCUAAAUAAGGAAAGAGCAGCAGAUAUGUAUAGAUUAAGUGCUUAUUUUAUGGCAAGAACAACAAGUGACCUUCCACUUGAUCUUUUUCUCCCAAUGCUUUUCCUUCUUGUGGUUUAUUUCAUGGCGGGGUUAAGACAAACUGCUGAGUCAUUUUUCCUAACCAUGGUUAUUGUCUUCCUAUGCAUCGUUGCAGCUCAGGGACUUGGGCUUGCUAUUGGUGCUACACUUACAGACUUGAAAAGAGCAACAACUUUGGCUUCUGUAACUGUAAUGGCCUUCAUGUUGGCUGGAGGGUAUUUUGUGAAGAAUGUUCCGAUAUUUAUAUCGUGGUUACGUUACUUGUCAUUCAACUAUCACACAUACAGACUACUUUUGAAAGUGCAAUAUGAAACUAUAAGUCCAGUAAUUGAUGGAAUAAAACUAGAUAGUGGUAUGAAGGAAGCUACUGCUUUGGCAACUAUGGUGUUUGGCUACAGACUUUUGGCAUACAUAUCUUUGCGCAGAAUGAAGAUUCAUUGAAUAUGAAUACAUCAUAGAAUACAAAAUUUAACUUCAAACAAAAGAAACGGGAAAGUAUGGAGGGAAUGAGAGGAAAGAGUAGCCACAGUAACUGGACAAAGAGUCUCAGAUGUUUGCUAUGAAGUUGUGAAAUUAAAAUCCAGCAGGAUGUGACAUAAAGGAAAUUUUUAAUGCUUUUGUAGGUGAUGAAGGUUGUAACAAAAAGAAUGAAUGGAUGUUAGUGUUCUUGAUUUUCA